AUGGCGCUCCAUAAGCACAGUCUCACAAUUGCACUGCCCUUGGUAGGCAUGGAGGUGAAAUGUGGCCAAAGAAUAAAAAACAGUUCUGAGAAGUCAGACACUUCGGCUAUCAUAGGCGGGGUACCUGCAGACAUCAUAGAUUUCCCAUGGCUGGUGCGUAUCCUUGACAAAGGGCAACAUCUCUGCGGAGGAUCAAUCCUCAGUGAGUGGUGGAUUCUAACUGCAUCCCAUUGCUUCAAACACAAAAAUACAUCUACCUUGGAGGUCACAGAGGGUGAAGGAAAUCUUGACACCAAGAACUUGACGAAGAUAAAAGUGGACAAGCUCAUCACUCACCAGGAUUUUGACAGCUGGUUCUUCACCAAUGACAUCGCUUUGCUCUUGCUCAAAUCCCCAUUGAACCUGGGUGUCGAGAAGGUACCCAUCUGCCUUUCAGAGGUCACUGACAUGAAGAGAUGGAGAAACUGCUGGGUGACUGGCUGGGGCACCACCAGUGAGCAGAAAGGCUUGGAGCCUGGGGUGCUACAGAAAGUCAACAUCCAGCUGAUCGACUGGGAGACGUGCUUCCACAUGGUGCCCAUGCUCACCAAGAAUAUGCUAUGUGCUGGCGACCUUCGAGGUGGGAAAGACGCCUGCCAGGGUGACAGUGGGGGGCCACUGGUUUGCCAGAAAAAAACCAACAAAAUCGUAUGGUACCAGCUGGGUAUUGUCAGCUGGGGAGUGGGCUGUGGCCAGGAGAAAAGGCCUGGAGUGUACACGAAGAUGUCUAGUUAUCUGCUAUGGAUUGAGAAGGAGACUGCACUGUCAAAAAAGCCAUACAAACAUGAGCCAGACUCCGGGUACAGUUUGCUUCUAUCACCCUGGGCCAUCUUAUUACUGUAUUUUGUGAUGCUUCUAUGCUGCCUGUGA